GCCUGGCAGCGUUGAUGGUUUCAGGUCCUCGCCAGCUCCGUUGCCGUGGCGGUAGCCGAUUACCGUUGUGUGUUGGCCGUGCCGCUGAAUGCCUUCUAGCCGGGGCCCAACCACCAGGAACGGCAACGGCAACGUUAGCUUUUCACGACGACGACGACGACGACAAAACUCCUGGUGCACAUUAAGUCAGGCAACAGUUUAACGUGGAAAUUAUUGCGAAUUUGUUGUGUGUUUUUGCGACAGCGACAGCGACAACGACGCGUGCCACAAAUCUCGCAAAUCGCCAAUCUCGCAGCAAUCAAAUUUUUUUAGUGCUCGGUCCCCGCAUCGUAGGUUCAAGUGAAGUUUAGCGGGACUCUGGGCCGGCAUACUAGGCCUCUGGUGCCAAGGAGCCACUGAGUGCCACACGGAGAGAAAGAGAGAGAAAUAGAGGGAGAGAGAGAGAGAGAGAGAGAGCGCGCGAAGGCAGAGAGCGAAAAGAGAGCCAGCUGGAGUUCUCGUUUAGGGGAAAGCCCCGAAAAUGUUCCAUUAAAAUAGCAGCACAACAAUUGAGGCAGAGCCAGCCAAUCGAUUAAUCGAGGGAAACAUAAGCUGCAGCGAUGCCGCAGCGUUCGCCCUUUGCCAUACAGGAGCUCCUCGGACUGGCCGUGGCGGCAGCGGCAACAACCACAACAGAAACGGUGGCAACCUGCGAGACGCCAACGGAUUUGACAACAGCCGCCAGCAGCCAGCCAUCGCCAAAAAGUAUUUCAACAGCAAGCACAACAGCUGCAGGAGGAGCUGCAACAACCACAGAUGCAGGUGGAUCAACAACAGCAGCAGCGGCAACAACAUCAGUGGCAACAUAUAAUACUGUUGCAGCAGUAGCAACAACAACCACAGCAACAGCGGGCACAGCAAGCGGAACCGGAGGUGGAGCAGUGGGUGACAACAUGACAUCGGUGAUAGAUCAGCAGCAGCAGCAGCAACAGCAGCACCACCACUACAGGGAGCACCACCAAAUGACCAUGGCAGCCGCCUCCCGCAUGGCCUACUUCAAUGCCCAUGCAGCGGUGGCGGCCGCCUUUAUGCCCCAUCAGCUGGCCGCUGCAGUGCAUCAACACCACCACCACAAUCAGCCGCAUCAUCCGCACGGAGGGCAUCCACAUCCGCAUGCGGCUGCAGCUACUGGUGUGCCGCCGCCUCCAAUGCCGCACCACCACCCACACCACCACCAUCACCACCCGCUGCUACAUGCGCAGGGGUUUCCGCAGCUGAAGAACUUUGCGGCGGGAGCUGGAACAUGUUUGCCAGGCUCUUUGGCACCCAAGGACUUUGGCAUGGAGGGCAUGAAUGGUUUUGGCGUUGGGCCGAAUAGCAAGAAGAAAAAGAAAAAGCGCAGGCACAGCCGCACGAUCUUCACCAGCUAUCAGCUGGAGAAGCUGGAGGAGGCCUUCAAGGAGGCCCACUACCCGGACGUGUAUGCCCGCGAGAUGCUCUCGCUGAAGACGGAGCUGCCCGAGGAUCGCAUACAGGUCUGGUUCCAGAACCGCAGAGCCAAGUGGCGAAAGACGGAGAAAGUCUGGGGCGGCAGCACGAUCAUGGCCGAGUACGGGCUGUAUGGGGCGAUGGUGAGGCACUCGCUGCCGCUGCCGGAUACCAUCUUGAAGUCAGCCAAGGAGAACGAUGCGGUGGCGCCCUGGCUACUAGGUAUGGAACAGAAAUGCAUGCAUCGGAAAUCGAUUGAGGCCCAGUCUGCACUCAAGGACGAUUCAGGGGUGAGCGAUCACGAGGACUCGGCCGGCUCGAAGUCAGCCCACUCCGAGGAGCUGCGCUCCCAUUCGCGUGCGCUCAGCUCCUCCACGGAAUCUCUGAACGUGGUCAGUCCGGCGCCAAGCAGUUGCAACACCAUCGCCUCGACGGCACCGCCAACCUCGACAACGCCACACGGCAGCAGCGGCUAUGCGGCUGCCUCCUCGGCAGCCACCACGCCCACGGGCGCCACUACGAACAGCUCGGGUUCGCCCCACAUCGAGCUGGGCUCCCCAUCCCCGCAGCAGUCCCAGACCCAGACCCAGGCACAGGCACAGGCACAGCUGAUGCAGCAGCAGCAGCAGCAUCACCAGCACCAGCACCAGAGUCAACAUUACUUGUCUGGUGGUGUAGCUGCCACGGCCACGCCGAGCUAUCAUCCGCUGCUGGAUGCGGCCAAUGCUGCCGGAGCCGGUGCUGCGGCCUCCAGCAAGGACUUUCACUUAAUCAUGAAUACGGCAGUGGCGGCGGCGGCUGCGGCGGCCCAGCAUCAGCAGCAGCAACAGCCCCAGAUGCCGGCAGCGCCGCCGGGCCUCCAUGCCCAUCAUCUGGCAGCCGCACUCAUGGAACACGAUCCGGAUGCGUUUAGGAACAACUCCAUUGCCUGCCUUCGGGCCAAGGCGCAGGAGCACCAGGCGCGGCUGCUCAACAACGGUGGCCUCUUCCUCCAGGUGCGGAGCUUUGCGGCCCAUGCACAGGCUCAGGCCCAAGUCCAGGCUCAGGCUCAGGCACAGGCUCAAGCUCAGGCUCAAGCCCAGGCGCAGGCCCAGUGUGAUAUGCUGAAGCACAACGAGGAGCACAACAACAACAACAACAACACACAAGCAGGACCAGCACAUCCACAUGUCAAUCCACAUCCACACACCCACACCCACACCCAUUUGCAGGCCAACUCCAACUCCAAUCAGCAGCACAUCAAAAUGGAGCUUACUGGCAGCGGCGGUAGGUCAAUGGCCGCCUGCGACGAUGUCUGACGUCAGCAGGACAUGUACGAUAUGCAGUAAUAUAACCACAUCUUCCCACACACUCACACACACACACACACACAAAGCAAACCCGAACCAAAUGAAAUUUUUUUUGAUUAGACUUAAGCAAUUCAUUGUCUUGGAUAAGAACUGUAAUCGAAUAUUUUAACAUGUACACGCAUACGUUUAUUUUUAGCUGUAAAAACACAAAAACGUAAUAUUUUUAAUAAAUAUUUAAUCGAAA